AUGCCUCCCACCACAUCGGCGCUGAUGCGCCUUCCUCGCGCCACUUUCCAGAUCUUGCCAACCAGCCUUGUUAAGACCUCGCCGAUAUGCAGAGAACAGGUUGUCGCCUCUCAGAGGCGCGCCUUUGCUAAUUUGCCUCCACGAUCACGAACAACCCGGACACCUAUCGCAAACUCCUUCUUCAAUGCUCACGGCCUGCCCAAGGGAACCGCUAUCCGAUCCGUCUCAGGCGCAACUCCUCUUACUAAACCAAAAUCACGAAUUCUUCGCUUCGCAUACCGCAGCGCGGUAUGGCUCGGCAGCGGUGUCAUCUUCGUCGGCCUGGGCGUGGUUGGGUUCUUCGUCUACGACGCCUCCACAUAUAAAGAGCACCCCGAUCAAUCCGAAAUUAAUGUAUGCGAGUUGGCGCUGAAUCCCAAGAGGGGCGGACCCAAGAAUCUGCCAAUUGCCGAGGUUUUGAUCGACGACCUGGAUAACGAAGACAUGAAAAGCGCAAAGGACAAGCCGAAGCUAGUUAUUCUCGGCGGCGGAUGGGGCGGCGUGGCCCUCCUCAAAGAGCUCAACCCGGACGAAUACCACGUUACCGUUAUCUCGCCAACCAACUACUUCUUGUUUACGCCCAUGCUCCCGUCUGCUACUGUAGGAACACUGGAACUCAGAUCUUUGGUUGAACCGGUCCGUCGAAUCCUUUCUCGCGUUCACGGUCACUUCAUCCGCGCAUCAGCAGAGGAUGUAGAGUUUUCCCAUAAACUGAUCGAAUGUUCUCAACCCGACGCCUCUGGCAAAGAGACCCGUUUCUACGUUCCUUACGACAAGCUGGUUAUUGCUGUUGGAUCGACUACAAACCCCCACGGUGUCAAGGGACUGGAAAACGCUCAUUUCCUCAAGGACAUUAGCGAUGCGCGCAAGGUUCGGAACCAGGUCAUGCACAACCUCGAGCAGGCAUGCCUGCCGACGACUGCUGAUGACGAGCGCAAGCGUCUCCUAUCCUUUGUCGUCAGUGGAGGUGGACCUACCGGUGUCGAGUUCGCGGCCGAGCUGUUCGACAUGCUCAACGAAGACCUGACGCAGCACUUCCCCAAGCUCCUCCGCAACGAGAUCUCUGUCCACUUGAUCCAGAGCCGCAGCCACAUCCUCAACACCUAUGAUGAAGCUGUCUCCAAGUACGCUGAAGAGCACUUCGCCCGCGACCAGGUUGACAUUCUCACAAACUCCCGCGUCAAGGAAGUCCUCCCUGACAAGAUUGUCUUCACUCAGAAGCAGCCCGAUGGGUCUCUCCUCACUAAGGAGCUCCCUAUGGGCUUCUGCCUUUGGUCAACCGGUGUCGCCCAAGCCGACCUUUGCAAGCGCCUGGCCGCCAAACUCGGGCCAUCGCAGACGAACCGCCACGCCCUCGAAACUGACACCCAUCUCCGCCUUAAUGGCACGCCUCUGGGCGACGUGUACGCCAUUGGCGACUGCUCGACGGUCCAAAAUAAUGUUGCUGACCACAUUAUCACCUUCCUUCGCGGAGUCGCCUUCAAGCGUGGCAUGGAUCCCGAGACCCUGGAGCUGCACUUCAGCGACUGGCGUGAUGUGGCCAACGACGUUAAGAAGCGCUUUCCCCAGGCCGUCAGCCACCUGAAGCGCCUCGACAAGCUUUUUGAGCAGUUUGACAAGGACCAGUCUGGCACCCUCGACUUUGGCGAACUUAGGGAACUGCUGAAGCAGAUCGACUCCAAGCUUACAUCACUGCCCGCUACGGCGCAGCGCGCUCACCAGCAAGGCCAGUACCUUGCGCACAAGUUUAACAAGCUGGCGCGCACUUCGGACGGCCUGAAGGCGAACAUGGUCUUAGACGGCGACAUCGAUUCCGUCGUGUACAAGGCGUUUGAGUACCGCCAUCUCGGCAGCUUGGCGUACAUUGGCAAUUCGGCUGUGUUCGACUGGGGCGAAGGUUGGAACUUUGCCGGCGGUUUGUGGGCCGUCUAUAUGUGGCGGUCCGUCUACUUUGCGCAAAGCGUCAGCUUGCGGACACGUAUUCUGCUUGCCAUGGACUGGGCCAAGCGCGGUCUUUUUGGAAGAGAUUUAAUGAGCUACUAG